GCCGUUUCCCGUCCCCCGCGGAAGAUGGCGGCGCCCAGCGCGCUCCUGGCCUGGUGCGUCCAACACCUGCGCGGGGACUUCGGGCUGGACGUGGGCGAGGACGUGGUGAGAAACGGGAUCGGAAAAGGAAAGAUAAAUGACACACGUGUGCGAUGAGACCGCGGGCCGUCCGCCCCCUCACGCGUUUUUCUCCACCCCGGCCCGUCGUAGGUACAUCUUGUCCAUCACAAACGAGGAUGAGAUCCGCGAGUACGUUGUUGACCUUGUUCAGGGCACGGACGGGAAGAAGAGCUGGUUUGUGGAAGAGCUGCUGAGCAGGUGGAGGAAAUCUGCCCAGCUGCCCUCCGAGCCCUUCCCAGCCUACCGGAAAAAGGACGAGGCUUUGGAAGUGCCACGGGCUGGGGAGCAAGGGAAGAAGGGGAAGCGCAAAGGGCGGAACAAGCAGGAGACCCCGGCGUACAGCGAGCCCAGUGCUCACGGGGAGGAGGUGAAAACCCCACUGGACCUGGCCAAGGCCCAGGAGAGCAGCAGUGGGGUCAGCGGCGGUAGCAUUUCCUCCAAGAAGAAGCCCAAGUAUGUCAGCCUGUACACCAGGGAGGGGCAGGACAGGCUGGCCGUGCUCAUCCCGGGCCGCCACGCCUGCGAGUGCCUGGGCCAGAAGCACAAGCUCAUCAACAACUGCCUGGAGUGCGGGCGCAUUGUCUGUGAGCAGGAGGGCUCCGGGCCCUGCCUCUUCUGUGGGGCCCUGGUGUGCACUAAAGAAGAGCAGGACAUUCUUCAGCGGGACUCCAACAAGAGCCAGAAGCUGCUGAAGAAGCUCAUGGCAGGUGCCGAAAGUUCAGGGAAUUUGGAUGCCAUAAGCAAAGGCUUGCUGCCUCAGCAGGAAGCAAGACUCAAGUCAGGCCUGGAGAUGGCUGUGAAGCACAAAGACAAGCUGCUGGAAUUUGAUAGGACAAGCGUGCGUCGGACGCAGGUCAUUGAUGACGAGUCGGAUUACUUUGCCACGGACUCCAACCAGUGGCUCUCCAAGCAGGAGAGGGAAGCGCUCCAGAAGAGGGAGCAGGAGCUGCGGGAGCUGCGCCACGCCUCUCGGCUGGCCAAGAAAAUCACCAUCGACUUCGCUGGCAGGCAGAUCUUGGAGGAAGACAACAACAUGGCUGAGUACCACAGCAAACUGGAUGAGACCAUUGCAGCCAUGAGCUGUGGCGCACUGAGCGAGCCAGCCAGGAGCCCUGGGGCAGAGAUGACACCAAACUCUGGGGUUUUGGUGAAUCCCCGUCUCCUCCAGCCUGCUCCUUUGUGGGUGGACCAAACUGGAUUGCUCCCACAAAGGAAAACUGUUCGUUCCAUGGAGGCUGGAAGUGAGUCUGGCUUGGAGCGGAACCGGCUGCGGAUUCAGGACCGAGAGCUGCAGGAGAUCUCAGAUGAUGGUUGGUGCCUCAGCCUGCACCAGCCUUGGGCUUCCUUGCUUGUGAGAGGAAUCAAAAGGGUGGAGGGCAGGACCUGGUACACAUCUCAUCGAGGGAGGUUAUGGAUUGCAGCUACUGCUAAAAGACCUUCCCCUCAGGAAAUCUCAGAACUGGAGGCCACCUACAGAAUGCUGCUCCGGAAAGAUGUGGAAUUUCCAAGUGAUUAUCCCUCAGGAUGCCUCCUGGGCUGUGUGGACGUGACUGAUUGUUUAUCACAAGAGCAAUUUCAGGAGCAGUAUCCAGACCUGAGCCAGGAGUCCGGGUCUCCAUUUGUCUUUAUCUGCACUAAUCCCCAGGAGAUGGUUCUGAAGUUUCCCAUCAAAGGAAAACACAAAAUCUGGAAGCUGGAUGCAAAGAUCCAUCAGGGAGCAAAGAAGGGGUUAAUGAAGCAGAAAGCUGUGGGGUGAGCGCCGGGGAGCAGCACUGGUUCCCAUGAAGCACCCAACUGCCUCUGAAGGGAGCCAGGAUGGUCUUCAGCUCUGGAAAGCAGGUGCAAGAUGGAUCCCUGAUCUCAGAUUAUGUUUAGGUAUUGCUUUCUCUCUUGUAUUCCGAAAAUAUUAAAAGAUAUUUGUUUUCACCAA